AUGGUCCUACUUGCCUUCACAGACAUGACAGCCACUGCCUGCAGUUGUUCGAUAACCGGUCCCCUGCUGAUUAUUGGCUCCGUGUUUUGUGUCUAUCCGACGUUUACUUAUAUUGCAGCAUAUGUUCUGGUAUAUAUGCAGUUCUACAGACGGAUGAAUUAUGCUUCGGCUCCUCCGGAUCUUCAUCGAAGCAAUAGUAACAUUUUCCAUGAUUCUUCCUCGGGCACGGCUCCUCACGAUGACGACGGAGACAUCUGA